UUUUUCUUCCUUUUUCCCCAGCUCUGUCCAUCCAGACUGCUGCCAUCCAGUUCACCAAGGAGCCCAAGUCCCAGGAUGCAUUGCACGGCCGCAGCGCGAUGCUGCGCUGCGAAGUCAGCGACCCGGCCGACGUCACGUACCGGUGGCUGCACAACAGGCAGGUCCUGGAGAACACCGAGAGGCGCUUCCAGGAGGGCAGCAACCUCAAGUUCACCGCCGUGGACCGGCAGCUGGACUCGGGGAUCUUUGUGUGCAUCGCAGAGAACCAAGCAACAGGAGAGGCGCUCCACUCCAACAAUGCCUCCUUCAAUAUCAAGUGGUUGGAGAGUGGUAGUGUGACUUUGAAGGAGCCUCUCUCAGAGGGAGAAAUUGAGAGCUCUUCCACGGUCUCGUUGCGCUGCCAUAUCGAUGGGCACCCACGCCCCACUUGCCAGUGGUUCAAGGAUGGGAUGAAGCUGACGGAGAAGAGCCAUCAGAUCAACAACAAGGACAGGACACUCACCUUCCUGAGCGCCAGUCCAGAUGACAACGGUCUUUAUUACUGCUGUGCCAAAAAUGCAGCAGGACACGUCUGCAGCAGCAGCAACUUCACUCUCAGUAUUAUAGAUAAGAGCUUUCCGCGGGCGGUGGUCUCCCCUGAGAACCAGACCGUUCUGAAGAACGAGGAGGCUGUGUUCCACUGCCAGUUCACCGCAGAGCCUGCCCCCACCGUGGAGUGGUACCAUGAGGGUGAGCUGCUGGCAAACAAGUCCAGAAUUGUCCUGCUGUCCAAUGGCUCCCUUCUGAUCACACAAGUCAAGCCCAGAAACACCGGAAAAUACAAGUGUGUUGGCCGUGGCCUCAGAGGAUCCCGUGUUACAUUGGAGGCUUCCCUCCUCAUAGCUGAAAUAGAUGAUAUGGCACCCAAGAUGUCACAAGUGUUCACAGCCAACACCAAUCAGCAGAUGGCCUGUUACCCCCCGCGUGGCAAGCCCAACCCUGAGGUUUGGUGGGAGAGAGAAGGUCAGCGGGUGCCCUCUGAGGGCAGGGUGCACCAAGAGGGCCAGUAUUUGAUCUUCAGUCCAACAGAGGAGGGAGAUUCAGGCACCUACACCUGUGUGGCCCAGAACAAGGCCGGCCGGAGGAUGCAGGAAGUCACAUUCACCGUGGCCACUGCUCCCGUGUGGGUGUUGAGACCUCAGGACAGCAGUUUAGAAGAAGGUAGACCAGGAUACCUCCACUGCCAAGCUCAGGCCAAUCCUCAGCCUGAGGUCACCUGGCUUCGCAACAAUAUCACAAUUACACCUGAGGACUCCCGUUUUAAGUUAUUCACUAAUGGCACCCUCAGGAUCAACAAUGUGGAAGUGUACGACGCACAUAAAUACGGCUGCGAAACCAAGAAUGCAGGUGGCCGGUUGUAUGCCCAGGCCAGAGUCACGGUCCUCGAGAAGCUGAAGUUCACGCCGACCCCCCAGUCCUUCCAGUGCCUGGAGCUGGAUAAGGAGAUCACAAUCCAAUGCUCUGCAAAAGGCCGAGAGAGCCCCACAAUCCGCUGGACCAAAGCAGACGGAGGGGAGCUGCCACCUCACGUGGAACAGAGAAACGGUCAGCUCCACUUCACCAAAGUCACCCGCAGCGAUGCCGGUAACUACACCUGCAUUGCUUCCAACAGCCUGCAGGGGAAGAUCAAAGCCUUUGUGACACUCACUGUGGCCGUGUACAUUCGAUUUAAGGUAGAACCAGAAAAUACAACUGUGUACCAGGGCCACACAGCCAUCCUGCACUGCCAGGCCACCGGUGACCCCGAGCCGCACAUACACUGGAUGGCUAAAGACAAGACGCUGGACAUCAGUAAGAACUGGAGAUUCCAGAAGAUGCCCAACGGCUCGCUGGUGAUCACAGACGUCAGCACAGACGACACGGGCAGGUACACGUGUGUGGCCGGAAACAGCUGCAGCAUCAAAGACCGCGUGGCUCAGCUGUAUGUUGUGGACAAACCGGUGCAUUUCAAUGAUGAAGAUGAAGACAAGGCCCCGUACAAGAUGAUCCAAACCAUCGGCCUGUCGGUGGGGGCGGCUGUGGCUUACAUCAUUGUGGUGCUGGGGCUCAUGUUCUACUGCAAAAAGAGACGCAACGCCAAGCGGCUGCAGAAGGGCCAGGAUGGAGAGGAGCCCGAGAUGGAGUGUCUUAAUGGAGGGGCCGUUCAACAAAACGGUCACACCACAGCUGAGAUCCAGGAGGAGGUGGCUCUCACCAACAUGGGCACCAUCGCAACAACUGAGAAACGCCACAGCCACGCCAACGAUAAGCUCCACUUCCCUCGCACAAACCUCCAAACCAUCACUACUUUAGGUAAAGGGGAGUUCGGCGACGUGCUGCUCUCCAAAGCCAAAGGUAUCGAUGAGGGGGAGGAGGAGAGCGUGGUGCUGGUGAAGAGCCUGCAGUCCAGAGACGAACAGCUGCAGCUCGACUUCCGCCGCGAAGCUGAGAUGUUCGCCAAACUCGGCCACCCCAACGUGGUGCGCCUGUUGGGCCUGUGCAGGGAGGCGGAGCCACACUACAUGAUUCUAGAGUACUACGACCUGGGAGAUCUGAAGCAGUUCUUGAGAAUAUCCAAAAGCAAAGAUGACAAAGCGAAAUCUCAGCCUCUCAGCACGAAGACCAAAGUUUCCAUCUGCGCCCAGGUGGCUCGCGGCAUGGAGCACCUGUCCAAUCACCGCUUUGUUCACAAAGACCUCGCCGCCCGAAACUGUCUGAUCAACAGCCAGAGGCGGAUCAAAGUCUCGUCCCUCAGCCUCAGCAAGGACGUCUACAACAGGUCUGCUAUACGGGACGCAGCACUCCAAACGUUUGCGCACUCGAAUCGCCAGCAGGUCCACAACGAGUACUUCCACUACAGGCAGGCAUGGAUCCCCCUGCGCUGGCUCCCCACAGAGUCGGUGUUUGAGGACGACUUCUCCACCAAGUCUGACGUGUGGGCCUUUGGAGUGCUGAUGUGGGAGGUGUUCAGCCACGGGGAAAUGCCAUACAGCAAGCUCAGUGACGACGAGGUGCUGGAAGGGCUGAAGACGGGCAAGCUGAAGCUUCCCGUUCCGGAUGGGUGCCCUUCCAAAAUCUACAAGCUCAUGGUCCGCUGCUGGGCACUUGGACUAAAAGAGCGGCCCUCUUUCACCGACAUCGUCCACGCUCUGGGGGAGCUGCCUUCUGACAGCAAAGUGUGAUGUGAAAACGCACAGCGAAGCAGAACUUCCCCCUAAAUAAUGACAGAGAUGCUGAAUUAUUAGUCUUACACAUUUCAGGGAAGAGGGCUGAAGAAAAACUUUUUUUUUUAUGCGUUUCGAUUGAGUGUGGAUUAGACUUGUUUUUGCUCUUUCAAAAAAUAAACACACUCGCAUUUGUGCGAGCGGCUUCGUGUGAGCAGUGCCAGGAGCGUCGCCUUAGCCCCAGCAUGGACAAUCAGCCUCUCCGGUCUGCGUGUGCUUCCGCUGUGACCCCGCCCGUCUGUGGACACUUUGUUACACGGAGCCUCGUAACCUCAGUGCCUCUGCCCCAUCCCACACUCUCACAUUAGCCGUCGACUGGCCCACGGACGGACAGUACGCUUCUCUGGUCAGUGGAGAAAACUGCUGACAUGUAGGUUCUGCGCUGAUCUCCUCUGUGCUCUCUCUGAAAAGCAGAGAAAGCACAGAGGAGAAAGUGGGAAGGCCUUCCAGAAAUCGGCCACUUAAAAACAUCCAAAGUGGUCAUCUUAACUGGUUUGUUUCAAUUUAAACUUAAGUUAGCUUAAUUUAUAAACGGCUAACUUUACCCCUGAGUGGGAUACAUGACCAUCACUAUUUCGUGCUACAUUAUGAAUUCAAACAAGAAGCGGAACGAGUUUCGUAUGAAGGUUAUUCAACUGUUACUUUCUGAUUUGCAACAUGAUCAAGCUAAACCAUGUUCUGCUAACACUUCAUGAGCAAAAUGAUAAAAGAUUAUGUUCUACAGCCAAGGAAAAUAAUGAAUGGAGAAUGUGCCAGUGUGGGGCUUUAUAUCUUUUUAUAAAUGUGUUUUUGUUCUUGUAUUAACUUUUGAGGUGCUUACUUGUGUCUACCAAUGGGUAAGAGUACUCAUUAACAUAAUCAUGUUGACUCAAUUGCAGGGAUUCAGCUUAUCAGCAAUGUUAACCUGCAAAAUAAUGUCCUCAGAGGUUCUAUCGUUGUUUCUGUCAUGCUCCAAAUGUAAAGUGCGGUUUUGCUAAGUGGACCAUCGCACCAGGCAAAUGUGUACAUAAUGUAGAAGCCAUGCACUAACUUCACUUAUAAGACUCUCCCUCUUUUUUUCCUGUCCUGUUGUGUAGAGGGACACGCAGGUGCCUGUUUAUUUAUGAUGAAGGUCCUGUUUGGUUUAACUCUGUAAUAGAAAGGUACUUCUGUGAGCUAGUUAUGCUCUGUAUUUGUUCUCACAGUCCAUCUCAGUGUGCAUUCAGUCUGUUACCCAGCUGAGUAUGCUAACACGAAGUACAAAGGAGGUCAAAAGUGUGACUCUAGGUCGCAAGCAUUCAUUUAAGUGCCUGGUCAAUGAAGGAUUAUCUUAAUACGUUCCCUUUUUUAUACAUUAUCUAAUCAAAAUGAAAUGGCCUUUGUUUAUAAAGUUGUAUUUGUAUGGUUUAGUGUAAUGUUUUUAUGACUGCUAGGCACUCACACCUAGACCUUUUUAAUUUUUUUAACAUUUUUUUAUCUGCUUCAGCAAAAUGUUCACCGUAAUCACAACUAUGUUCACAAGUAUUCAUGCUGCUGUCAAUAAAGGUUCACAGUGUUUUUACCCAAUGUGAUGUGUGAUUGAUAUCAUAGGUGGCCAUC